GACGUGGAGGCAGCUCCCACGGCCGCUGGCAUCGCUGCUGCAGGCAGAGAGCCUCCAUUGUCAGCCCUGGGGGGGCCGCCGGGGGCCAGGCCCUGCAUGGGGGUGCGGGGAGAGGCCCAGCGGUGGCAGGGCUGGGUUUAGGGGCUGUCUCCUGGGCUGGCUGGAGGGGGACACGGGGCGAGUGUCACCUGGGGGGGGGGCAUCCCGUGCUGCUGGGGCUCAGGCGGGGAACGGGGUGCUGCCCCCUGACCCCCCGGGAGCAGGGGUGCGAUGAGCUCUCAGGAUGAGCAGUUCCAAGCAGCAGCCCCUGACCCAGCGGCUUCCUCCGCCGAUGAUGGCAUGACCUGGUGGUACAGGUGGCUCUGCAGGAUUGCCGGGGUCAUCGGGGGCAUGUCCUGUGCCUUCGCUGGUCUCUGGAACUGUGUCACCAUCAACCCCCUGAACAUCGCGGCCGGCGUGUGGAUGAUGCUCAACGCCUUUGUCCUGUUCCUGUGCGAAGCCCCCUUCUGCUGCCAGUUUAUCGAGUUUGCGAAUGCCGUCUCUGUGAGGGCGGACAAGCUGCGCCCCUGGCAGAAAGCUGCUUUCUACUGCGGGAUGGCUGUGUUCCCGGUCAUGCUCAGCCUGACGCUGACCACGCUCUUUGGAAAUGCCAUUGCGUUUGCCACCGGAGUGCUUUAUGGCCUGUCAGCGCUCGGCAAAAAGGGAGACGCCAUUUCCUAUGCCCGGAUCCACCAGCAGCAGAAGCAAAUGGAUGAAGAGAAGCUCACGGGGGCCCUAGAGGGACAGGCUCUCUGAAGCACGUGAGCUUGGUGUAACCUCUCCUGGACACUGAGAUGGUGAAGAUACAGAAAUCCGCUCUGCCCAUCCCUCUGCCCACUCCCCUCUCUGUUACGCCACAAUUUCCCUGGACACUG